AUGAAGUGCUUUCUCCUGCUCUCCCUCCUCGGACUCGCUGCGGCGUUUCCCUUUGACGAUGACAAGAUUGUAGGCGGUUACACUUGCGCUCAAAACUCUGUCCCGUACAUCGUGUCCCUGAAUGCCGGCUACCAUUUCUGCGGAGGGUCCCUCAUUAACGACCUCUGGGUGGUCUCGGCUGCUCACUGCUACCAAUCACGUAUCGAAGUCAGACUCGGAGAACACGACAUCGCCGUUUUAGAGGGAACUGAACAGUUCAUCAAGUCCGAAAAGGUCAUUCGUCACCCGAGAUAUAACUCGUAUCUCCUGGAUAAUGACAUCAUGUUGAUCCGACUGGCCGAACCAGUUAAACUCAACAGCCGCGUGCAGCAAAUCCGCCUGCCGACGUCUUGCGCGUCUGCCGGGACACAAUGUCUGAUCUCCGGCUGGGGAAACACCUUGAGCUAUGGAUCUAAUUAUCCUGAUCUCCUGCAAUGUCUGGACGCCCCAAUCCUCACUGACCAAGAAUGCCGCAAUGCCUAUCCAGGGCAAAUCACCGAUAACAUGAUCUGCGUGGGGUAUCUGGAGGGAGGCAAAGAUUCCUGCCAGGGUGACUCUGGUGGCCCCGUGGUUUGCAACGGAGAGCUGCAAGGAGUGGUGUCAUGGGGUAGAGGCUGCGCCUUAGCUGGAUAUCCCGGAGUUUAUACCAAGGUGUGCAACUAUGUUUCCUGGAUUGAAGAAACCAUCGGCAAUUAUUAAAUAUCUCGGGAAAUGUAAAGUCUUUCAUCAAAUGCAGGAGAAAGCCAAUAAAUUAGCAUCUUAAA